AUGUCAUAUUCAAAUAUGUCGAAGGUCUGGAAAAGACUGGCCAGUACAGGAAGGCCUGCUGUGGCGGAUGCGAUUCCCAAAAGACCGCUCAAGAAGAUCCAGGUUGGUAAGGCCAGACCUGCCAUCUACCACAAGUUCGAAUGCCAUGUCCAACUAUCUGACGGUUCCGUGAUAACUCGUCGUUCGCAGUACCCAAAAGAAGAAUUUCGUAUGUUGGCUGAUCAGAGAAAUAACCCUCUUUGGAACGAAUCGCGUGCCGACUUGUUCGUGGGUAUUGAUACCAAGGGAAGAAUCAGUCAGUUCAGAGAGAAGUAUGCUGCUUUCGAUACUUCAAGUCCUGUCGAAGGAGAUGUUGAAACGAAAGCCGGAGACUCGGCUGUCCUUGAAGGUCUUGAGGAUUUCACAGAGCUCAUGGACGGCGGAUAUGUUGAGCAGAAGCUGGGUGGUAAUAUCAUGAACACCAAGUCCAAGGGCGGAAAGAGGAAAUAG